UGAGAACAAGCCCAGCUCCUAGCCUAUCAGACUGUGCAACCACAGAAACCAGAGGAAAUCUACAAGAGAGACAGCAUCUAGCAGACAAAUCCACAGACUGUACCAUUCUCCCAUAAGAGAAGGGGAGACGCUAUCCAGACACAAAUCACCGCUGUGUGCCUGCAUGGUUCUUUAGAUGACCAGAUAAAGAGAUCUUUCUGCAUAAAUACAGUAAAAUCUCUCAUAACGCACAAACAUGCUUGCCCGGAAAGGGCUGAUCCAUGAAGAAUACUUGAUUACUCGCGUAGCAGAAGAUAAAGCUGCACAUGCCCAGUGCAGGACCAAGACCAGAAAGGCACGCUUCGUGGCAAAAAAUGGAGCUUGCAACGUGGCACAUAAGAAUAUUCGAGAGCAAGGACGUUUCCUCCAGGAUAUCUUCACCACCAUGGUAGACCUGAAGUGGCAGCACAGCCUGCUCAUCUUCACAAUGACCUUUAUCUGUAGCUGGAUGCUCUAUGCUAUGGCUUGGUGGCUCAUUGCCUUUGCCCAUGGAGACCUUGGCACCAAACGUAGUUCCAUCAUACCUUGUGUCACUAACAUUCAGUCUUUCACUUCAGCAUUUCUCUUUUCCAUUGAGGUCCAAGUCACCAUUGGCUUUGGAGGCCGUAUGGUUACAGAACAGUGCCCCCUGGCCAUCAUGAUUCUCAUCAUCCAGAACAUAUCUGGUUUAAUCAUAAACGCUGUUAUGUUGGGAUGCAUUUUUAUGAAGACUGCUCAGGCAAACCGUAGGGCUGAGACUCUAAUCUUCAGCAAGCAUGCGGUCAUUGCCUGCCGGGAUGGCAAAUAUCAUUUUAUGUUCCGCGUGGGUGACCUACGGAAGAGUAUGAUCAUCAGUGCUUCAAUCAAGAUUCAGGUAGUCAAGAAAACCACAACAGAUGAGGGAGAAAUCAUCCCAAUCUCCCAAAUAGACAUCCAAGUGGAGAACCCAGUGGGAACGAGUUCCAUUUUCUUGGUGUCACCUCUCAUUAUAAGUCAUACGAUUAAUGAGAAAAGCCCUCUUUAUACGUUGUCUGCCUAUGACCUUUCCAACCAGGAUCUGGAAGUGGUGGCCAUUCUGGAAGGAGUAGUGGAGACAACAGGCAUAACUACCCAGGCGAGAACAUCAUAUUUAUCAGAAGAAAUCCUCUGGGGCCAUCGUUUUGUCCCCAUUGUGACAGAAGAAGAAGGCAGGUACUCUGUGGACUACUCCAAAUUUGGAAAAACUGUUAAAGUGCGUGGACCCCUAUGCAGUGCCAAAGACCUAAUGGAAGGCAGGUAUCAUGCACUUUCUCAGAGUGCCCAUCAUUCUAGAAUGCUAAAGAAAAGGAAAGGAGAGCGUCAUGAAAAUUCUACAUUGGAUAAGAAAAUAGCUACAGAAGUACAAACCAGUGAUUCUUUAUCUGAUUCCUAGUGUUUGCAUCUUCACAGCUGAGCAAAGUACAUUUAUUUUCAUCCUACUGAAUGUAAAGCAUCAGGAUAAAAGGGAAACAUUUGUGUAAAUAAUGGGUACACGUUGCCUGUACACAGUAGAGGCAGACAUUUUGUAGGCUGAACUAAUGAAUACAAAUAAUCAAUGCUCUUGUAACUAGUGAUGUCACUGAAGUGGGAAUAUUAGUUCCCUCUACAAAAUUGCUACUUUAUGUUCAUGGUCUAAAAUGGCUGCUACCACUGUGUGUAUCAUAUAGAUGUGCUUUAUGCUUACCCCAUACAGACUACAUUUCUGUCCUGUUCUUUAAGCCCUGGAAAGUGCUCAACAUGACCAUUUAAAGUGGACUUAUGUUAAAGCUCCAUGUAAGGAGCAUGCUCACUAGGAACUGCUGCCAUCAUGUCUCCUUUUACUGUGUGCUUGAAAUGGUUAGCAAUAAAUUACAAUUAUGAUAUAUAGAUAGGUAAAGGUAAAAAAAAUACUGUAACAUAGAUUGGUGCCAAUAGUAGCACCAUGUCAUUAACUUAAGAUGUGGACUGGACAUUCACAAAAAUAUGGUAGCGUGAAUUGAGCAAGACUAGUGCAUAGAUCUACUCAAUGAUUAGGAAAAAAACAGAAUACAGUUUUCAAUCUGCUACCACUUGUUAAAGGUAAUAUUGUAGGUCUACUUAAAAUCGAAGGGUACAUGAGAGUUUACAUUGCAGCAUACCAAACAAAAAUACCUGACAUACGGCAGGCUUUAUUGAAAAAAACAAAUGAUCUAAAGGUGAUACUUGCAAUUUAAUGUGCAAUAAAUUAAUUGUUCCUGCUGCCAGCAUCCAGGGGGAGCAGCCAUUUUGUAGUCUGUCUGUAGCAACCAAUGAUGUCACUGGAGUAGCAUACAUGAAAUGGAGACUGUGACAUUCACGCAUGGUGCUUCUAGUGAAUUAAUAGACUGCAUUCUCAUGAAUGGUGCAUAAGCUCACAAAAUGGCUACCUAUUGUGUAUAGGUUGUGGGUGCAUUUUAAAGUCUAUCUCCACUUUUGUGGAGUGCAGAAUAGCUUGCAAAGGUUUAUGUUGCAAAUAUAACCAUCUAUUGUAUUUGUAAUAUUUUUCUGUAUUCAGAGUAUAUAGAGCCUUAUUCAUGUUUAGUAUAAAGGUACAAAGUACCUCCUGGCGCCAAUUGAAUGCUCAGUAAUUUAAAUGAAAAAUAUGUCUGCAGCUCUCCUAAAUUAAAGGGACCACCGCCCUUCACAAACAAAUAAUACUAAAAAAGGAAAACUAGAAAAGCGCUGACAAUUUAAUACAGGUUGAGUAUCCCAUAUCCAAAUAUUCUGAAAUACGGAAUAUUCCGAAAUACGGAAUUUUUGGAGUGAGAGUGAGAUAGUGAAAUCUUUGUUUUCUGAUGGCACAAUGUAAACAAACUUUGUUUCAUACACAAAGUUAUUAAUAAUAUUGUAUUACAUGACCUUCAGGCUGUGUGCAUAAGGUAUACAUGAAACAUAAAUGAAUUGUGUGAAUGUACACACACUUUGUUUAAUGUACAAAGUUAUUCAAAAUAUUGGCUAAAAUUACCUUCAGGCUGUGUGUAUAAGGUGUAUAUGAAACAUAAAUGCAUUCUGUGCUUAGACUUAGAUCCCAUCGCCAUGAUAUCUCAUUAUGGGAUGCAAUUAUUCCAAAAUACGGAAAAAUCCUAUAUCCAAAAUACUUCUGGUCCCAAGCAUUUUGGAUAAGGGAUACACAACCUGUAAUAUUAAAAUGC